UUCUCUCCACUCCUCUUUCCUUUGACUCUUCUUUCUUCAAGCAAGCAGAAUAGUUGGGAGUCCGAAAGAGACCUUCUUCUUCCUCCUUCCCGAUUGCUAGUCGUCUUUUCCGGUUAACCUGAGAUUAAUGGGGGAGCCGAAAUCCGAUGAGGGGUCUCCGCCAGGGUGCACGGUGGAAGUGAAAGUGAAAAAGGAUGGCAAAAAAGACAAGAGGUGUCUCAUUAUCUCAAGCCUAGUGAUCCUAAAUAUGAAGAGAAGGCAGAAGGCCCUGACUGUCCAUCUGCAAAAGAUUUCUGCUUGACUGAAUGUGCUCUUUGCCCUUUGAUUUCAUUUUUAAUUAUUAUAUUUGAAUUAGAACUGAACAUUUUUUAUUGUUCAAGCAAUCUAGGUUAAAGUUGAGAAGGUUGCUGCAAAGGGUUUACCUCGAGGAUGGAUUAAGGAAGUCAAAACAACUAAGAAGUCUGGCAAAGUCAGAAGAGAUGCGUUUUACAUUGAUCCUGUGAGUGGAUAUGUAUUUCGUUCCAUGAAGGAUGCACAUCGCUUUGUUGAAACCGGAGUGGUUGGAAAGCAUGCUUUCAGACCCAAUGACAAUGAUAAAAAUGAUAAAGACUUGCAUGAUGAUAAGAUCUGUUCACCUACUGAAGCCAAGAAACAGAAGGUUGUGGUCCAUGGAACAGAGGGACAAUUUAUAGGGCAGGUUUCAAAUGUGAGUGGGAUAACAAAGGAUCAGCAGAUGAAUAAAGAAGAAAAAAUAUCCCUUUCAGACCAUGCUUCUGCUCAGAAUAAAGUUGGAAAAGAUGAUGAAUUCAGCAGCUCUAACUUGUCAGUAGCUAAGGGUUCAGAUCAUAAUGUGCCCGCUUCAGCUAUUGUAGUUGAUACCUCAAAUAAGCAGUCACAGAAAGAUGAGAAGACAAGUAAUGAAACUCAAAAGACCCAACUGAGCAGGGUCAAGUCUAAGGUUAAGAAAACAUUUGAUUUGCCUCGACGAGCUUCAAAACGACUUGCUGGAAUUGCACUAGAUCCAACUCCAGAGCUGAAAACAAAUACUCGAGCUAGUCGAACUGCAGUUAGAGAACCACCUGAGGUUGUGCGUGGUGUAGCUGAGGGUUCUCUUGGUGGGAUUGCACAUAAGGAUGCAAAUAAAAGCAACUGUUCUUCCAGAAACUCAGCUACCCGAGAUGAGAAUUCAGGAAUGGUUGAAAUAGAGAGCAAGGGUGACAGUAGUCAAGUUGUCUUGCUACAAAAAAAUCAAGCUAUUCUAGAUGUGCAUUCUGGGAAGGUUGAAAGUGAUGAUCAAGUUAAUCAGAUGCCGGGACCCCCUCUUGACUUGCCUCUUGCGGAUUUAUGGGCAGAUCCUUGCAUAGCAUUUGCAAUCAAGACUCUAACUGGAAUAUCUGAUGACACUGCAAAGGUCUCAUCUGAAUCGAACAGUAGCAAAUAUCCUAGUUGGUCCUUAGCUACUUCAGAGGACCAUUCUGGAAGGGAAGAAACUGGAAACAUUUUGCCUCUGCCAGAUCCAGCUAUUCCCAGAGAACUUGCUGGAAAGCCGGAAAAAAGAUAUAAUAAAACUGAUGAGAAGCCGGGAUCACCACUAGACAUGCCUUGUGCAGAUAUAUUUGCCGACCCAUGCAUUGAGUUUGCUAUAAAAACUCUUACAGGGGCAAUCUCAAUUGGGUGUGAACAGAAUAACCAGGAUUACUUUCAGCCUCAGUCGAGCUCACUGCAGACUCAAUCCAGUAGUCACUUAACCUUCUCAGAUGUUAGUACAGGUAACUUUUCCCAAACCGGUUUCCUUAGCCAGCAAUUUAAUGUCACAGAGGGCCAUGUCUCCACAGAACAAGCUAUUCUAGAGCCUGUAUUUAGUUAUACCAGAACUGCCAGUUUACAAAGUUCAGGUGGAACGGUUCUUCAGCAUCGUGGUAAAGAGAGGCGAUGAAUGCCAAAGACAAGGCCAUCCCCCCUACCCAUUGUUGUAUAGUAGAGCAAACUUUUCUUGAUAAGUUGACAUCAGAGUUCUAACCCUAAAUCUUCGUCCAUGUGAUUUGUUGUUUGACUGCUCAUUUGCACUACCCACUUUGGUGCAUGAUAGUCUUUAGAAUGAGCUUCUGCACUCUAAAUUCACUCUUGGACUAUAGCUUAGCAGUUGUAACCCAUCAGUUUCCAUUUGUAAUCACUAUGGGACUACCACUGUUGUUUCUCCCUGUCAGGUACUUCUACUAAUUACUCUCUUAUUGAAAUCUGGUUGGUCUUUACUAGGUCUGCCUGUUUGUAUUG